GACCACUGUCUGUACACAGAGCAGUGCUAGGAAAUACAGACUAAUGGCGUCUUCACAACGCGUCCGACGGAUCAGCUGAUUCUUAUAUCUGCCUGCAAAACUACAUGAAGACAUAAGCACUGCUGCAGGCAUCAUGACCACAGCUAGGUACCGACCCACCUGGGAUUUGGCCCUGGACCCGCUGGUGACCUGUAAGUUGUGCCUGGGAGAAUUUCCCUUGGAGCAAAUGACCACCAUCACCCAGUGCCAAUGCAUCUUCUGCACCCUGUGCCUGAAGCAGUAUGUGGAAAUUCUCAUAAAAGAGGGCUUUGAAACGGCCAUCAGUUGUCCAGACUCAGCCUGUCCGAAACGUGGACAUUUACAAGAAAAUGAGAUUGAAUGCAUGGUGGCCACAGAGAUAAUGCAGAGGUACAGGAAGCUGCAGUUUGAGAAGGAGGUGUUGCUGGACCCGAGCCGGACCUGGUGCCCGUCCUCCACGUGCCAGGCCGUGUGCCAGCUGAAGGAGUCUGACACGCCGCUUCCGCAGUUGGUGCGGUGCAGCAUUUGCACACUUGAGUUCUGUUCCGCCUGCAAGGCCAGCUGGCACCCAGACCAAGACUGCCAGGAGAACGUUCCCAUCACCUCGUUUCUACCUGGAGAAAGCAGGUACUGUUGUCUUUUAAAGCUACACUGUGUGAUU